AGCAAAUUAAUCAAACCCUGUCCCUUUUCCCUCUUUUUUCUUUUCCGUAUAUAAUACUAAUCUUGAAUCUUUGAUUUCCCAAAGUUCACGAGAAAAUUAUUCAUUCCCUUUUCUCCAGAAAAUUCCUCGUUUUCUUUUUAUCUUUUUCUUUUUUGUUUAAUUUCUUCAGCUUUCCCUUUUGUCUUUUGGUGUCUUGGGGAGAUUUCGAAAAGCCCGUCACGAAGUUUUUAAAAAGAGUUGAAGCUGUAGGACUCUCGUGAUUCGGAGCUUUUUAUGCUUUCAGUUCGCUGGAUCUUGGUCGUCUUCUUCGCCCUUUGUUCAACGUGAUUUUCCUGCUGGAGCAGGUCUUUCUAUCUAUAUUGCAGCUUCUCCUGUUUUGAAGAUAGAGACAGAAGAUUGUAAAUACAAUGAGAAAUUUUGGACGCAGUGUAAUUGUUAGAAAACCAAAUGAGACUAUGAGGUUUAUUGUAACAAUUUCUGUUGGAGUUGUUUUUGGCUUUCUAAUAGGAAUAUCUUUUCCAACUUUGUCGAUAACUAAGCUGAAUCUCCCAUCCAGCCUUCUUCCCAAUGUUGAUAUCGCUUACAUUCGGGACAAAAGUUCAGGCUUUUCAACCCAAGCACUGUUGGAUGCUUUGUCUUCUGCAAAGUACAACAGGACACAAGCUCAAAAUUUAAAUGGCACCUCAAAGAUUUGGGCCCCUUCAAAUCCUCGGGGUGCAGAAAGACUACCCCCAGGCAUUGUUGCAGCUGAGUCAGACUUCUACCUCCGUAGAUUGUGGGGUAAACCUAGUGAGGACCUGACUACCAAACCAAAGUAUCUUGUAACAUUUACUGUUGGUUGUGAUCAGAAAAAAAAUGUCGAUGCAGCAGUUAAAAAGUUCUCUGAGGACUUUACCAUCCUUCUAUUUCAUUAUGAUGGUCGAACAACUGAAUGGGAUGAAUUUGAGUGGUCAAAGAAGGCCAUUCAUGUGAGCGUUCGGAGACAAACAAAAUGGUGGUAUGCCAAAAGGUUUCUGCAUCCUGACAUUGUGGCACCAUAUGACUAUAUAUUUAUCUGGGAUGAAGAUCUAGGAGUUGAGCAUUUUAAUGCAGAAGAAUAUAUAAGACUAGUGAGGAAAUAUGGCUUGGAGAUUUCACAACCUGGUUUAGAACCUAAUAAAGGGUUAACAUGGCAGAUGACAAAAAGAAGAGGUGAUCGAGAAGUCCACAAAGAAACAGAGGAGAAACCAGGCUGGUGCCCUAACCCACAUUUGCCUCCCUGUGCAGCGUUUGUUGAGAUCAUGGCUCCUGUAUUUUCUAGAGAUGCAUGGCGGUGUGUGUGGCAUAUGCUUCAGAAUGACCUGGUACAUGGUUGGGGUCUUGACUUUGCUCUCAGAAGAUGUGUAGAGCCUGCCCAUGAGAAAAUUGGAGUUGUAGAUUCUCAAUGGAUCGUUCAUCAAACUGUUCCCUCGCUUGGGAACCAGGGGCAAGCAGAGAAUGGAAAGGCACCAUGGCAAGGGGUGAGGGAGAGGUGUAAAAAAGAGUGGACCAUGUUUCGAGUUCGCAUGACCAAUGCCGAAAAAGCAUAUUACAAGGAGAUGGGAAUUAAUCCUACCAAUUCCACAGCUGACUAGAGGAUGACCCUCACAGAAGCUGACCUGUAUACAAUCAUAAUUACCACUGUUCUUAGGGUUUUUAUUUUUAUUUUUUAUUUAAUAAUAGCGAUCAUUUUUUAGUAUCCCAGAGGUUACUGAUGAGAGUGCUUUGAUCUUCCAUGCUGCUGGAAAAGAAUGGGUACCCGGGUGGCAGGUGAGAGAGAAAAAAGGUCAAUUAUUCGUUUCUAUCAUCGUCUUUCAUUUUUGUUCUCUCUUUCACACAUUGAUAUGUAGACAUUAAAUGGGCAUGAAAGUUCCUCCUUCAUGGGCCAUUAUAGAUGAAAUAUGAAUGAAAGUUAAUGCUAGCAA